AUGGCGGCCGGGCGCUUGCAGCCAGAUGCCUUUAGUGCUACUUACGCCAUCACUACGGCGGCGGGACAGUCCCACUGGCAGGGUGCCGUGGCGAUGCUGCGCAGCCAUCCAGAGGCUAGUGCUGCGAGCUGGAGUGCCGUCCUGCGUGCUGGCCAACACGAAGAGGAAGGAUGGCGCAGAUCUCUGGGAUUGCUUGCAGCAAUGCCAUCGCUCAGUGAUGGCUUGAGAAUCGACGUGGUGUGUUGUUCGGCGACGAUGAGAUCCUGCAGCCAAGAUGUCCCAGAAGCCUGGCAGGCAGGCCUGAACUGUCUCCGGCGAAUGGCAUCAGCGCAGAUUCAGCAGAAC